AUGAAGAUUCAGUCUCCAUCAUUACUCCUUCUCCUCCUUCCGGUGCUGUCAACGGCCACAGUCACCACCAAAUCGUUCAGUGUGCCAUCUGCUCCUGCAUCGCGAGGAGCUUCAACCCUUGAUACCCGAUAUGUCGAUGCUGAGCUUGCCCCCAACGCUGUGAAAGGAUCGUCAGACGCCCCUGUAGACGGCAAGGAUGGCCGACCUCACGCUGGCCCGUGGGUAGAGACCACCGCGGAUAGGGAUCGCAAGAGUGGCAAAGGAAGCGAUGAUAUAGACCUUGUUUCAACAAAACUCGAUACCAAGAUCCCUUCGGUGGGCCACAUCACUGAGGAUGGGAAAAUGAUUCCGCAUUCCAAUGGUGGCGUGAUGGACGACCCGCACCGCGCGGGUCCUCAGGAAGGCACACGUGGUACGGAAGGGGGAGUUACUGAGAAGGGGAAGGACGACCUGUAUAAUUCUGCCAAGGUCCCUGACAGCCCUAAAGAGGCGCUGCCGCUGCCCCACAGCGAGAAACAGAAGUUGCCCACGAAUGAUGAGACUACGGGAAGCGGGCGCACUGCUGAAGGUGCAGGCACGCUUGGCAUGUUGGAGAAACCCGCCGAUCUAACUGACAAGCCCCACGAUAUCCCUCACCCCAAAUCUCCCUCGCAGGCCAAGGACGACCCUCUGUCUGUCCAACAUGGCUCCGCCGGCUCCGGCUACCCCAGCUCGUCCUCCCCCAACAAGGGCGAAGAUAUCACCGAGACCGAUGGUCUCCACUCUCUGUUGUUCUCUUUCACCAUGAUUCUCGUAUCUGAGAUCGGCGAUAAGACCUUCCUUGUCGCCGCACUCAUGGCAAUGCGACACCCUCGCCUGGUGGUCUUCUCGUCGGCAUUCUGUGCCUUGGCCACUAUGACCGUCCUCUCUGCCGUCCUCGGUCACGCCGUUCCUACCUUAAUCCCCAAGACCCUCACCAAGUUCAUGGCAGGGUUCCUAUUCUUGAUCUUCGGUGCGAAGAUGUUCAAGGAAGGCCGGGAGAUGGACCCAGAGGAGGGUGUUGGCGAGGAGAUGCGGGAGGUUGAAAUGGAACUUGAGGAGAAAGAGCAAGAACAGAUGCGCAUGGGUCGCCGUCGCUCAUCGGUCACUCCCCAAUCCUUGGAGGCUGGCCGUGUCCCCAAGUCCCGUGGCUCUCGCAAUCGCCUGCCCUCGCCCCCGGAGAGCAUUUCCUCAUCUUCCUCCCGUGGCUCAUCUCCUCGCCCCCAGCGUCGCUGGAACGACUUACUGGUCGGCGUGAGCAAUCUCUUCUCUCUUCUGCUCAGCCCCGCGUGGGUGCAGACCUUUGUCAUGACUUUCCUCGGCGAAUGGGGUGACCGCAGCCAAAUCGCCACCAUUGCGAUGGCCGCUGGUCAAGAUUACUGGUGGGUGACUGUUGGUGCGACCGCUGGCCACGGAAUCUGCACUGCUGCCGCCGUAAUUGGUGGACGUGCGAUUGCUGGUCGGGUCAGCAUGCGCGUUGUGACUUUGGGUGGUGCUGCGGCCUUCCUUGUCUUUGGAAUAAUCUAUCUCAUAGAGGCGCUCUACUAA